CGCGAGGCGGCCCUCUAAUUUUGGGGGAGAGGAAUUUGAGAACUUGAGAAAUCAUUUCAGACAAGCCUUCCUCCCCCCAACGACCAUGGCGGGAGUCUCAACUUUCAAGCUGUUGCCGUCUUGCUCCUUCCUCCGUCAAUCCUCUUCCCUUUCCUUCCCCUUUAAGCCCUCGCUUCCCUCCGUCCGGGUUCUUCCGGGCCGUCCCAGAUUUCCUAGAAUUUUCGCGUUGUCCAGCAAUGAUAUCAAAGUGGGCACCAACAUUGUCGUGGAUGGAGCUCCUUGGAGAGUCUUAGAGUUUCUUCAUGUGAAACCUGGGAAAGGGGCGGCGUUUGUGCGGACCAAAAUGCGGAAUUAUAUGACAGGAAACACUGUUGAGAAAACCUUUCGGGCUGGGAGUUCGAUUGAUGAGGCAGAUGUAUUCAAGGAAACAAAGCAAUACACAUAUAAAGACGGUUCUCAGUUUGUCUUCAUGGACCUGAAUACGUUUGAAGAAACACGUCUAAUGGAGUCUGAUGUUGGGGAUAAGACCAAGUGGCUGAAAGAAGGCAUGGAUUGCAAUGUGCUAUAUUGGAAUGAAAAAGUUAUCGAUUUUGAAUUACCUAUUACUGUCAAGCUGACUGUGGUUGAUGUUGAUCCUGGCCUUAAGGGCGACACUGCACAAGGUGGAUCAAAACCAGCAACUCUUGAUACAGGUGCUGUUGUUAAUGUUCCAUUAUUUGUAAAUAGAGGUGAUCAAAUCUUGGUAGAUACAAGAACAGGGCAAUACAUGAGCCGCGCUUAAGUUCUUGGUUCAGAGAUUCAUUUUCAGCAGAAUACUUCCUGCUUAUAUAUCUGCAUUGGAUGCAACGAAGUGUAUACCAGAGCUAGAUUGUAAAAGGGUUGCAGAGGUUUUUUUUAAAAGAAAUAAGUUUUACUAAGUAUCCAAUUCAAGCAUGUAUUCCUAUAUCCUUUUUUUGUAUGAGAGGGGUAAAGUUAUUUUACUCCAAAAUUCAAAAUAUUUCUGUUUGUAAGAGAUCAGAUCAGUCCCCUGAUACUCAAAAACAUUAAUAUUUGUAUAAGUUUCGCUAGUGGCAUAAUUUAUUCUACAUUUGCAA